GUCAGCUGGGGUUAGUGGAUUCUGCCCCGCCGAAUCCAAUCCCUGCACAGAACGGCACAAGGGACUUACCUACAUCAUCGGUGCUUCAUCCCCUCAGCCUUGCUUCUUCCUAUCUAAUCUUGGUCCUGGUCCCCCAUCACGAGGUAGCCUUAUUUUGUAAACCCGCUACGUUGGUUAAAAUAAUCUCUUCCAUCUUUUAACCAACAGAAACAAGCGUUUUUUUUUUAAAAGACAUAAAACACCUGAACACCAUCUUGUAUUCUUGGGCUAUCCGCCCGGUUGCCUGACCAAUCCGAGAUUUCACGUGCUAAGCUCUCUGUGAAGUAGACGAACCUCCUUGCCAUCGGAGCAGCGCAGCACAGCAUGGUAACGUGACCUGAGAAUCCGAAACGGAGACGCAACGAUGGAACCCAAUAUCCAACGGCUUCUUAAUGAUAAGCUAUACGAUAAGAGGAAGACCGGUGCCCUUGAACUCGAACGUUCCAUCCGAGAACUAAGCGUCGCCAAAGACUACCAGAGGAUCAAAGAUAUCCUUGAUCAGUUAUGUAACGAAUAUGCAUAUGCAGUUCACCAACCUCAUGCCAGGAAUGGAGGAUUGAUAGGUCUGGCUGCUGCUGCUAUUGCCCUGGGCCCAGAACUACCAAGAUACCUCGAGGUCAUAGUACCACCUGUCCUGGCGUGUUUUACCGAUCAAGACGCCCGCGUCCGGUACUAUGCCUGCGAGUCUAUGUAUAAUAUCGCCAAGGUUGCCAAAGGGGAAAUCUUGAAGUAUUUUAAUCACAUAUUCGAUGCUUUAUGCAAGCUGGGUGCCGACUCGGAACUUUCUGUAAAGAAUGGCGCCGAACUUCUCGAUCGCCUAAUCAAGGAUAUAGUUUCUGAAUCCGCGGCAACGUAUGUUUCGGUACUUGAGGCUGAUGUGCCUCCGCCUUAUGAGACGAAAGACUCCGAACAGAGUUCCUCCCCUCAUCCUAGCCCCCCGACGGCGUUUUCGCUUCCCAGAUUCAUCCCUCUUUUGAAAGAGCGAAUUUGGGUUAUGAACCCAUUUACGCGAACCUUUCUCGUCGGUUGGAUUACCUUACUAGACUCCAUUCCAGAUCUUGAGCUAGUUACGUAUCUGCCUGAAUUUCUAGGGGGUCUAUUGAAAUUUCUUUGCGGCAAUAAUCGCGAUGUCCAUGCUGCGACGCAAGCUUGUUUGGAUAAGUUCUUAAACGAAAUCAAACGCAUCUCCCGGGUAAAGAAGGGAAUUGCCGAAAGCAAAAGAUCAAAGGGAGACGGAAAGAGAAAACGAGAAGACUCAGUUGAUAGUGGUAGUAUGCAUCUGGAACAGGAUGACGCCGAGGAAGCCGGUUCUACUACUGCCAACGAGGACGAAGACGAAGUUAGCAGCGAGGAUGAUUGGAUCCCAGGGCAGGAUGUCCAGAUCAACUACAAGGCAAUACUCGAGAUUCUUACCGCAACUCUUGAUUCUCCUCUAGAGGAAGACAGCCUUUUAGAGAGUUUGCGGUGGAUAGUAUCGUUUCUCGAAAUUUGCCCUGAAGAGGUCCUACCGUUCACUCCUAAAGUUCUAGCUCAUCUUCUACCAGCAAUGGCUAGCGGAGUCGAACCGAUUCGUCAAGCUGCAGCAAAGGUGAACGGUUCGCUGAUGGAAUAUGUUGUUUCUCUUACCGACGAACCAGAAGUACCGCAGGGCCCAUCAGCCUCACGACUCUCCGUGCCUGGAACCACGGACCGCCCUGAGGGAGCAUCUAGUGGGCGCGCCUCUUUAUCGAGUGGCCGUGAAAUAGACCUACGUAGUCCCACGCCUGCCCAUAACCAUAGAGCACCUACCCCCGCCCAAUCUACUCAAACCCAACCGGAUUUAGAUUACGCUGCCGCAGUCAACUCUCUCACCUUGUUAUUUCUCAAUGAUCACGAAGCAACUCGUGUCGCCGCACUCACUUGGCUCAUAAUGUUGCACCGAAAGGCACCAAAGAAGAUUGUUGCAUUCAAUGAUGGAACAUUUCCUGCCCUCCUCAAAACGCUGUCGGAUCCGGCCGAAGCUGUCGUCACCAAAGACUUACAGCUACUUUCCCAAAUUUCGAGAAACAGUGAGGAUGAUUAUUUCUCCAACUUCAUGGUUAGCCUCUUGCAGCUCUUCUCAACAGACAGGAAGUUAUUGGAGACUCGGGGGAACCUAAUUAUCCGUCAACUAUGCAUGACUUUAAGUCCCGAGCGGAUAUAUCGUACACUGGCCGAAACAAUCGAGAAAGAAGAGGACCUUGAGUUUGCUAGUAUAAUGGUACAGAAUCUCAAUAACAACCUCAUCACGGCCCCGGAGCUAGCCGACCUGCGGAAGCGGUUGCGAAACCUGGAGACGAAGGAUGGCCAAGCCUUUUUUGUUGCCCUAUUCCGUUCUUGGUGCUACAAUGCUGUCGCUACCUUUUCCUUGUGUCUGCUUGCGCAGGCAUACGAAGCUGCCUAUAACCUCUUACAAAUCUUUGCGGAACUCGAGAUGACAGUCAACAUACUUAUCCAAAUAGACAAGCUUGUCCAAUUGAUCGAAUCCCCUGUCUUCACGUAUCUACGACUUCAACUUCUCGAACCCGAUAAAUAUCCGUACCUGUACAAGUGUCUGUACGGACUUUUAAUGCUUUUGCCACAAUCCUCUGCUUUCGCCGCCCUUAAGAACAGAUUGAACAGUGUAAGCUCGAUAGGGUACUUGCAAAUUGGGCCACGACCUUCUGCCACAGCACCUAGCGCAUCAAGUUACGAUCGGCCAAACAGACUGGGAAAAGGCCGCGAAGACGGCAUGAUUCGAUGGGAUCAGCUUCUCGAGAAGUUCAGAAGUGUACAGGAAAGAGCAAGACGGGCACAGAGAAUUAUUGAUGGAAGCAGCCUCGACGAUGGCCUGGAUUUCGGCGGCUUACGUAUCACGGAGAAGGAGGCGCCACGACCCCCAGCUGGUCCAGCUGUACCACCGAAGGAUUCGACACCUGCUGCGGCACCACCUAAACGCUCGGGAUUAGGAAGACAAUUCGGUAGACUUGGAGCGUCGGUUUCGGGCAGAGGUAAACGAUCCCAACAACAAUAGUCGAGUCGUUGGCGAUAAACGCCAAGCUUGUGCUUAGAUUGCCGGAGUAGGAUGGCCAUUUGUUUACCUGUACUCAUACCCAGCAGAGAUGGCGGGAAUACAUACGUGAUAGGGAAUGUUUUUGAAAGACUGUUUGCACGAGCGGUGAGGUUCUGUUUUGUACUUUGUACUGUAUUGAGUACUGUUAACUGCACAGCGUGAAUACCUGGAUUAUAAGAUCAUACAAUAUUAA